AUGGCAAGCACUGUCUUCCUGAGAUUGAUCGAGAAGGCCAACGCCUGCAUUGCAGCCAUGACAGGCAUUGCUGGAGACGAAGACAUUCCGAUUUUCACCACGGAUUUGUCAUUCAUGAUUGUUGACAGAGCGAUGGAGUGCUAUGAGGCAUUGAGCAGGAUCUUUGCGAAGAAGAUUGCCAUCACAUUGUUCCGCGCAAGAAACUAUGCCGAGAUUGACACAUUGGCAGAUUGGCACGUUUGCCUCGCACACCCCUCGUCGUUGAUUGAGGGAUUGGCUUCCGGGGAAACUAUCAUUGUGCCCACUCCGAUGGGACAGCUCAACCCGAUGUUCACCAUUGAGAGCUCUUUGAGGAAAUUGGCGCAUUGGUAUCGCCAAGGACGAUUCAGCCGAACCCAGAUUGCGGAAAUUGUCAAGAUCAUUGUCUUUCGUCCUCGACGAACAAUGAUCACAACUGAAUUGAAAGCAGCAAAUGGGAUUGGCGGAUUCCGAAAGUACCACAGUUGCUCGGACAUGGGUCAUUCUUGGUGCCUUACCAUUGAUCCCGAUUACGAGCGUGCCGACGAGCACAGGUCCGUAGGUUGUGUUAACUUCAAGAAUCAAGCGUCAGAUGCCGAGCUUGAAGCGGCUGCAUGGCAAAGGUCCCUUGAAAAGUGGCAUUUCCUGUUGACUCUUGAUUCCUCUGUUUCCUUGGUCGGAUCGUCUCUUGCCGGGAUGAGCCAGGCAGAUGAUGGUAUGCAGGCACUGCGGGAACUCUUUGGGAGAAAGAAGGAAGCUACAGUGAAGAAGCGUGCUGCUUCAAUGCUCAAGUAUGUGAAGUACUUGCAGGAGCACAGGGGCCUCAUGCAAUCGCAGAAGCCGGAGCGUGUUUCAGCCUUGGGCUUGACUGUAGACCAGGUCGCUUUUCUUGAAUUUUGCCUGGAUGAUGCUGACUUGGACCUGCAGGUUCGCAACUUCAUCAUUGAUACUGUCGUGACGGGGCGGCAGUGCAAGGAGUGUCAAUGCCUCUCGUGGCGCCCAUUUGCGGUGUGCGGCAUGAGCCCUGGGGGCCGAAAUUUGGCGGUCGCCGAGGCUGCAGGCUUGCCGUUGAGUCCUGACAAGAAUGGGCCGUUGCUGCCAGUCCCUCUUGAGGCAGGUGGCUGGAGUGAGAGGGCAGUAACGACUGACGAGGCCGGUGGCAGGCUUCGGGCUUUGCUUAGCCGAGGGAAUAAGUGCACUGAUGGUGUGACCGGUCAUUCCCUCAAAACAACUACACUUGAUUGGUGCGGUAAGUUUGGCGUCAAUGAAACCGCCCAGACCCUGCUGGGCCAUCACGCACUCAAAGGUUCAGCUAUGUAUGCGUACAUGCGAGAUAAGCUUGCAGCUCCCUUAAGAAUCUAUGAGCGUAUGCUCAGAGCAAUCAGAGACAGCUUGUUCAUUCCUGAUGCCACGAGAUCGGGUCUCAUCAGGAAGGAUCCCCCUCCUGCGGAAAGCUCCUUGGGUGAGCCGAACAGCGACCGAUCGUGGCAGCCUGUUGAGCCCAUGCAACCUGGACUUGGCGACCCUGCAGGCUUUGGGGUAGUUGAGUCGGAAGGGGAAGACAAGCACUACCGUGCAGCUGCGCUAACUCCUGAGGAAGCAGCUGAAUCAGUCCUUGAUGAUGCGUUCCAGGACGACGGCGCAGAGUCCGCGCAGGCAGGUGACGGUGAGGAGCAUUCGUCCUCGUCCUCAUCUAGUGAGUCCGAAGGUCCAGAAGGCUCUGACUGGGUAGACAGUUUGAAAGACGGGUUUGACUGUACAGUGGAGAAAUCAAAUCUUGCUGAGCUUGAUUUUGUGUAUUGGAGACAUGAUAAAACAAUGACCAUUCACUCGGUAGCUGCUGGUUCUACGGGUGAGACGUUCACCUGUGGGCGUAAGCGAACGCCUGACUAUUCCAGGAUCACGCAAAGUGCCUUCGCAGAAACGUGGGACCAUGCAGGUAGUUCCACGAAGAGUGGUUGCCGGGAUGUUCCGGUUGAACUAGCCAUGGCUGGUGUCCCCGCUGCGACCUCCUUUACUGAGUCGAAGCCGGCGUUUGUAAAAAGGGCCUUGGAAGUGGGGUUGGCCCAGCCAGAGGUUGACCACCUGGUCGCCAAGCAUGUGGACACUCUCUCCAAGCUCGCGUUUGUGCUAGUCCCUCCUGGAAAGGUGCCGGAGGAUGAGGCUGUCACGGCUCUGCUCCCAGCCGGAUCCAGUCAACGGGCCAUUGCAGGUCUCAAGCGACUCCUCUUCGAAGCUCAUACCCUGAUUGCCGAAGAGGAGGUUGCCCAUGGGGCGUACGACGUUGUCUUCGCAAUGGCUCAGAAAAAUGAGCUGGUGUGGCUGGCUCCAGAGAAGUUCGGAACCCGUCGAGCGGAGAUCAGCUCUAAGAAGAAUCAGAAAGAGCUUGUCAUUGACGGCACAGGUGUUGCAGUCAAGGAAAAGGCUCAAUCAGUUCACUGCGCGAUCAACAGCGAUCUUGACCUGGUGCUUGCCCUCAGGCGCAGAGCCUUGGCCUUUGACCUAGUGGGCAUUCUGUCGUUCGACGUUGCCAACCGGUACCAUCAAGCGCUGGUGCAGCGGCUUCGUGAAUCUCCGCCCCCGGAUUAUGCAAAGGUCUCACUCGCCCAGGUCAUCCGAGCUGACCGUCCCGCCUUCUUGAAGAUGGCAGAGAUUUUGACAACGCUUCGCAGGAGUGGCACUGGUGUUUUACCGCUUGAUUCGAUGCUGCCAAACAUUUUGCUGGACCCAAGCGUCGCAUAUCAUCUGCUGCCUUUGCAUGCCAUUCACUCCGAAUCCGCGUCAGCCCAAGAAGCCGACCAAGCGCACUAA